AGCCAUUUUAGCCCAGAUGCGAUGCAAGCUGGCUGAUCCGUGGCACUCCAUAGUAGGCUCGUCCUUCCUCGGCGCAUGCGCGCGCCAUUUCGUAACCCCCCUUUCCCCAAUCCCCCCUUUCGUUCGGCCCGACAUGCUGCUGUCGCUGGCUGGGAUCGCGGGCACGUCCGUCCGCGUGCGGUGCAAGGUGGUGUGCCUGGAGGCGGAGUCGGACACAUGCGGAUCUCCUCGUGCGAGCCCCCCGGCAAGUCCGAGAUGAAGAUGGUCGUCGGAGGGCCAGACUGCUCCCAGCUUUGCGCCGAGCAGAGGGAGCCCCGGCUGGAUUGGGACAGGAUCAGGGCCUCCUACGACGAGUGCAAGGGCGGCUGUCUUCCUCAGAUCGACCAGCUGGUCCGGGCCGUGUACCUGUCUGGGAGCACGGCCGUCCUGGGCUCGCUGGGCGCGGUGCUCCUCCUGACCCGGUGUUGCUCCUGCGAUGAUUUCGUGGGCGUGUUCGGCCUGGACCUCGACUUGUUGGUCCCGAGGGCAGUCCAUGCUGGCCCCGACGGUGGCGGCUGCGCAUGCCUCCACCUGUACGCGAUUCUCUUCUACGCCCUCUCGCUUGCCCUGUUCCUCCGGGCCACGCUCCAGGACAUGGCCGACGAGGUGGGGGUGAAGCUUCGAGGAGCAAAGGACGACUUGUGUAUCAGCCUUCGGAGGCCCGCGCAGGCUUCCCGGAUCUGCGCCGGACUCCCUGGCGUCGGGCGCCGCCCCUGGUGCGUUCCGCGCGCCAAGGAACGGCGCCCAGCGCCGACGCGAGAAGCUUGCGCGGACCUCUGACAGCUUAUGCUCCCAUGUCGCCUUUCUUCCCUCGAUGGCGAGCUGGUGUGCGCGCUGUCCGCCAUGGCGUGCCUCGGCUUCCAGGGCCUCGCGGAGCUCCGGGGCGUGGUGCGGAGGUUCGACCUGCCCGUGGCCGAGCUGGCCCGGCUGACGGGGCGGCGGCGGGAGGGGGCGGACGCCGGGCGCGGGGGCGGCGAGCCGCAGGCGGUGGGUUCGGUGUCCUGGACCUGAGCCGGUGCAA